UGUAUUUCCUAUUUCCGUCUAAAAACAACCUGAUAUUAUAAGGCUAGGUUGUUGUUUUUUUUCUUUGAGUCAGCAGUGUUUUCUUUGAGUCAGCAGUGUUUUCUUUGAGUCAGCGGUGUUUUCUUCCUUUUUCUCGUCCGCACAUUCCAGAUACAAGAUGAACUCUGUCACGUGAUUUGCUGGGGCCACGCACUUUGGCCUCUAUCUCUGCAUCUAGUUAAUCUGUAGCAACCACUAAUGAAUUUAGGUUUAUACAAAGACAACGAUGUCUCACAAAAAUGUUUGAUGAAUCCAGUUGUAUAUGAUCAAGUACAAGGAUAGGUUGUUUUACAUGAGUGACAUAAGGUUUUUCUGAUGGCUUUUAAGAAUAGGAGAUCAUCAUGCUAGAUGGUUGUUUUUUCUUACAUGUGCCAUGGGUUUAAGUCGAGCGAUACUACUCAACAUACUGAUCUGUAUAGUUGGAGUGUGUACAAAUCAGAUCACUACUUCAUUAAAUGGAUUUUUGAACCGGGACCGGAACGAUUUAUCUACAUUUAACCUCAGCUGCAUUGUAGUUGUCCACUCUGUCUCGCCACCAGAGUCUCUUACUUCAGUGAUCAUUGCCAGAAAAACUUAUGGCGAAUCAGAGUUCUCUAAACUAGUUGUGUUAGAGACAUAUUUAUCCCCAACUUCUAUUGGCGACCCACAACUUAAGAUAUUUAUUCCACCAUCAAAGCGUUGGGCGGCUACUUAUGAUACAAAUUCUACAACUAUAGAUAAACACUUAUCGAAACUCAUUCUGGCAAUUACGGAUUUUCAGUGUGAAGACACUGGAACAUAUAAGUGCAUAUCAAUGGUUGACAACGGAACUAGUGUGCAAGAUAUUGUAUUAGGCGAGGAAGUGACUACCGCCGCUCUUGUAUCUGUUAACUUGGCCUUAACCCCUCUGGUAGAAGGUGAAGAUGUCACUUUAAUCGAUGCUGGAGUAAACCGUACGUACACUUGCAAUGCUACAGUACUACUGGUAUUGGCUGUGCGAGAACCAAUCAAAAGGAAGCGUUCUUAAAGCUGGAACAAUAUAUAACGACUUAAUCUUUAACUUGGACUGACAGAAAUCAAGACUUCACUUAAAUCAAGACUUCACUCGAAUCAAGACUUCACUCGAAUCAAGACUUUACUUCAAUCAGGAUUUCUCUUAAACUGUUUGAUUCUUCUAGACAGUACCAAGCCAGGCUUUACUAAAUACAAGAACCAACAAUGUUCUUCUUCAAAGUCUGCAUCACUAUGACGCUAUUAGAAAUAGCAAACGCAGUAUGCAGAUCCACAUCAUGGACUCGAAGCUUUGAUUCUGCUGGUCAAUCGAAAUGUGAUAGAGUAGACUUUUUCAUGAGAGGUCUACAAAGAAGCGAUCAAUUAUGGUACGACGAAAUAAGUCAAUUAGACGGAGUGCAGUGCUGCAGCGCUUCCCCAAAGUGGUCCAAAAGUGAACCGCAAGUAAUUUAUGCGGACUGGUCAGACCUAUGGGAUGGUUAUAAUGUCUGGGUAAAUUGCCCAGCGGGGUAUUUUCUACAGGGCUUGCAGCGAUCAUCUUCAGGCUGGCCCUGGUACUCUGGUUAUUUGCACCAUAUUGACUAUGGAAGGUGUGCUAAGCCGUCGCACCAUCCAUUUUACCACGGUGACUGUUAUGAUAAGAACAUUGAUUUUAGUUAUAGUGGUAUAUUUACCUGCAACACUGAUUACUUCAUAACUGGCAUGUACAAAGGAGAUUGUAGAUAUCUGUAUUGCAUUAAAGCUUUGCGUUGUUGUAAGAUGUCAGAUACAUCUGAAAUAAUAGAUGAUGCUGAAACAUUUAAGACAAAAAUUAUGGACACCACACUUUUCAAUUUAGCCAACGUCGCUGAUCGCCUGGGCUACGGCUGGUGCGGGGGCGAAAAAGGUGACGACGUGGGAGAAGAUUUCUAUAAAGAUGGUGAUUCGUGGAUUGCAGACGCGACACCUUUUAAGCCAAAGACAGAAUGCGAGGGCUUUAAAUGCGACGAGAGGCUGAAAAUCGACUAUUUGGGAUGGAACCUAGCAGUGAAAAACAUAAUAUAUGGUAACAGUAUAAUAGACAGUCUGCAACCUGAAGUCGUUAACACUGGCAGAGAGGUAAACAACAUGGAUGUAAGCUCUACAAGAAGCUUUGAAUAUUCAACAAUAUUCACGGAUACAGUCCAACAUUCAUCGACCAGCAGUUGGAAGACUAGUCUUCAAUUGUCUUUUUCAUUGCAGGCAGCAACACCAGGUGCUGCCAAAGUAUCAGCAGGCGUUAAUGUAGCUUUUGAUUAUUCAAAAUCAGAUACUGACACAUCAACCGAAGUAAAGUCGCAAACUACUAAAAUAACUACGGUCCAAACCAUCCCGCCACAUUCAGCAGCAAACUAUACAGUAAAGGUUCUUAAAACCAGAACGACAAAUCCCUAUACGGCCGUCAUCAUUGCAAAGUUUAAUGUUAGGUUUAGAGGUUUCUUGAGGUGGGGAGGAGGUUAUGGUAACCCGUUAACCAAUUAUCAUUACCAGUACAGGGGAAGCGGAGCUAGACCGAGUUUUCCUUACACUUUUGGAAGUCAAUCUGAUGCUUUCUACAAGGCACUCAAGCGCCAAAACAUAACUAAAUCUAGACCUUGGAUGUGGAACGACAUGAUUAAGAACUACCCUUCUGUUCUUCACGUAUUCAACCGACUUACCGAUGAGAGUCAGUAUGAAUUUACUCUGAGAGGAAAGCUGGAGCAUGUCGCCAGUAGAAAUAUCAUUGUAAUCUGGAAUAAAACGAGAUUGAACAGGCGAUCAGUUGUCGACACAAUCAAUUCUACCACACACCACAUUGGCAAUAUCACCUUCAUCGCUAGAGUAGGCCCGAAUGAUAAGCCUGUAGAUGUCAAGUACCCUGAAGUAGUCCUGGACAAUGCAGAGCCGUUUAAACUAGAGACUAUUCCGUUGAAUCCAGAUUUUAACUAGUUGAAUGUAAUGACGAUGACCAAAUGAAUUCUCGAGCUAAAAAAUCUUAAACAUAAUUAAAAACGUAUGUAUUAUUGGUGUAAUUCUUUACAACUACAUUAAAGCUAAUUGACUGAAGAUGAAAUUAAUUUGUAAUUUAUGUAAUUUUUUAUUUCACAAGUUUAGGCUACAAUCUCUGAGACUCAGAUGAUAAAAAACAAAUGUAAUAUAAGAAGAACGUUUAAAGUUUCAACUAUGUAAAAGUUAUAACGCCGUUUCUUAUGUUUUACCUUAUAAAAUGUACUCAAGCUUUUCUCCCAUGUAAUAUUUUUUAUCAUUAUUAUAUUGCUCCUUCUGUCUCGGAAGCAAUUGAUGCGCCCAGAUGAGUCACUGGCUUUGGUUACGUCUUGAGAUGGGGCAGAAUCUGGAAUGUCUGAUCAAGCAAAUUCUGGAGCGGCAGAGUUUCUGCAAGCGAGACACGAGAGCCACGGGCAUUUUGGAGGAGAUAGCCCAUUAAUGAAUGCAUUAAUAUUUUUGUUUAUAAUAAUAUAUCUAUAUAUCUAUAGCCUUUAUAAUAAUCUCAAUUUUAAUGCAAUGAUGACUGUUUAAAAAAGAUACUAAAUUUUAUUUACAUUAAAUUUAUAUUUGUUUUAUUGAUACUGUGUAAAUCAUCUUAACUUUAACCAUUAAAUAUUAAUAAAAAGAUAUUAUAGUUAAAACAGGAUUUAGCUAAAAGCAUUUUGGGCUUAUUCGUAAAAUUACAAUGUAAACUAAAGCAAUUAUUCUAUGUUAGUAGGUAUACAUUUUGUAUUGAAAAUAACAUCAGUUAAUCAUACACAUUUUUUAUCUCCUUUGUACAUUCUUUUAUAUUUAUGGUCAGAAGCUAAUUUCAAUCUGUUAACUAAAUGUACCAGUAUUUGGUUCUGAAGCAAAUCCUUUUAGCGUUAAUCUAGUGUACCUUGAAUGCUUUUAUUUUUAUGUUUUAUGCAUUUUUACUUUUAUUAUUUAAAUAGCUUAUGCAUGCCAAUAAAUAAUCACCAA